CUCAGGUAUAUAAAUAAAUAGGUACCUAUAUAAAUAAAUACACCAAAAUGCUUCCUGUACUGGACUUCCUCAAGACUCUGCCUUCGGGGUUCUUCCAGCCCACCUUAGUGCCAACUCUUACCGGCCACGCCAGCACAUAAUUUCCAAGCCGGUCUGCUUAUUCUUCUCCAUCUUUCUCCCUUUUUAUCGCGAUCGUAUGAUUGAUUCCAUCGUGCGAGUCCUGCGUUUCUAGUAUUUAUUAUCAGAGCCGCAGCCGUCUUGCGAUCCUUACGUCGUACCCGACCCAAGGAAUUCCCCGUACCUGUAAAAGCGAGCGCUAUCCGCGCUGCCCGCUCAUCCCUUUCGUCAUCCGAUAACGCACGCAGACACGUUGCAGCGUCUUCCUUACAGUGGAAGCAUCGCAAAGGAGAGGAAAGAAACGGAAGAGAAAUGAAAUUUGUGGUUCUGCUUACAUGAUCCAAUAAGUCCGCGGGAGCCGAACGAUUUGCGCGUCACAAAACUUCGGGCAGUUCUCAAGAUGGCUCAACUCGAUACCCUAGACAUCAUUGUCCUCGGCGUCAUUCUUGUAGGCACAGCCGCCUACUUCACCAAGGGCAAGUACUGGGGCGUCACCAAAGACCCCUAUGCGAACGCAUUCGCCAGCGCAAAUGGGCAGAAGGCGGGGAAGACGAGGAACCUCAUCGAGAAGAUGGAGGAGAGCGGCAAGAACUGUAUCAUCUUCUACGGCUCCCAGACCGGUACCGCCGAGGACUAUGCCUCCAGGCUAGCUAAGGAGGGGAAGAGCCGAUUCGGACUGGAGACCAUGGUAGCUGAUCUUGAAGAUUACGACUACGAGAAUCUCGAUGCGGUCCCAUCCGACAAGAUCGUCAUGUUCGUCCUAGCCACGUACGGCGAGGGAGAACCUACCGAUAACGCCGUCGACUUCUACGAAUUCAUAACUGGUGACGAUGUAUCCUUCUCUCAGGACUCCGAUCCGGCCCUUGCGAACCUCAACUACGUCGCUUUCGGUCUCGGGAACAACACGUACGAGCAUUACAACUCUAUGGUUCGUAAUGUCGAUAAAGCCCUGCAAAAGCUUGGUGCAAACAGGAUCGGCGAGGCUGGAGAAGGCGACGACGGCGCCGGCACUAUGGAGGAAGACUUCCUGGCCUGGAAGGACCCCAUGUGGGCCGCCCUGGCAGAGAAGAUGGGGCUCGAAGAACGCGAAGCCGUCUACGAACCAAUCUUUAGCAUCACAGAGCGCGAGGGUCUUACAAAAGAUUCACCCGAGGUGUAUUUGGGCGAGCCUAACAAGAUGCACCUGGAAGGAGCUACCAAGGGUCCCUUCAAUGCCCAUAACCCGUACAUCGCGCCGAUUGUCGAGUCCAAGGAAUUAUUCGCCGUUAAAGACAGGAACUGCCUCCACAUAGAGGUCGACGUCAGCGGAUCUAAUUUGACGUACCAAACUGGGGAUCACAUUGCGAUCUGGCCGACAAACUCGGGCCAUGAGGUGGAUCAGUUCCUCAACAUCCUCGCACUUGAGGACAAGAGAGAUACGGUCAUCAGCGUCAAAGCUCUUGAGCCGACAGCCAAAGUCCCGUUCCCCACCCCCACGACUUAUGAUGCCAUCGUUCGAUACCACCUUGAGAUCUGUGCUCCCGUAUCCCGUCAGUUCCUCGGCACGUUGGCCGCAUUUGCUCCGGACGAGGCUACCAAGGCUGAAAUGGCUAAACUCGGCAGCGACAAGGAUUACUUUCAGGACAAGGUUAGCAAGUAUCACUACAACAUCGCGAGGACGCUAAGCGUCGUCAGCGGCGGACGGAAGUGGACGAACAUUCCGUUCUCGGCACUUAUCGAGGGUAUCACCAAACUUCAACCUCGGUACUACUCCAUUUCAUCCUCCUCGCUUGUUCAGCCUAAGAAGAUAUCCGUGACCGCCGUCGUCGAAAACCAGCGGAUUCCUGGUCGUGAUGAUGCCUUCAGGGGCGUCACUACCAACUACCUGCUUGCCCUCAAGCAGAAGCAAAACGGUGAUCCCAACCCUGAGCCUUUCGGACUUACCUACGAGAUCCACGGCCCAAGGAAUAAGUACGAUGGUAUUCAUGUACCCGUACACGUUCGCCACUCGAAUUUCAAGUUGCCCUCUGACCCGUCGAAGCCUAUUAUUCUCAUUGGGCCCGGCACCGGUGUCGCGCCUUUCCGCGGCUUCGUCCAGGAACGUGCGAAACAAGCCGAGGCUGGGGAGAAUGUCGGCCGUACGCUGCUCUUCUUUGGCUGCCGGAAACAGAACGAGGAUUUCAUGUAUGAAUCACAAUGGGAGGAAUACAAGAAGGUUCUCGGUGACAAGUUCGAGCUCAUUACGGCGUUCUCCCGAGAAGGGCCGAAAAAGGUGUACGUGCAACACAGACUCAAGGAGAGAGCUCAAGAAGUGAACGAAUUGCUCGAGAAGAAGGCGUACAUUUACGUGUGCGGCGACGCGGCAAAUAUGGCCCGAGAAGUCAACACGGUAUUGGCCCAGAUCAUUGCAGAGCAACGUGGAAUUCCCGAGGCGAAGGGAGAGGAGAUCGUGAAGAACAUGAGAGCCGCAAACCAAUAUCAAGAGGACGUCUGGUCGUGAAGACCUGUCAGGAAUUUAAUGCAUAUCAAGGUGAGCGUUGCAAGCAAAUUUGCGUAGAAGAACUCUGCUACAUAGCCUGGGAGUCACGGGGGUGUGGACUAUGAUAUAGCAGGGCAUCUACGAUGACUAGGUGCUGGAUCAGGUGCCAAUGUGCGUUCUAAUAUCCCUAGAGCUCCGUGUUUAUCCGUACAUACAUAGAUUAUAUAAUGGCUCUACCCUUCAAGUUGUCUCCGGUUGUUCGAAGUUGAGAAUCACUUGCUUUCCACGCGCAAAUAUUGGCGACUUCGGCCCCCCGAGUUCUGGGAAACUCGUGAGCUAGUCCGCAGGGGCCAGGCAGAGGUUGUGAUAAACUGGGCCUUACCUACAGGGACUGGUGCUGGAGGUAGGGUACAUGGCACCCAACCUUCCAGAGGGAAGAUGCUAGUGCGUAACUGGCAGCGAGAUAAAAUCAGGAAAUUAGGCAGAAAAUCGUCUACAGCUC